GCGCUGCAUCUGCCCGAGCACGAGUUCCGCAAACUGUCUCUGGCAGUCGACAGUUUGGCUGCCCAGGCCUUGGAGGUCACAGCCGCAGCUGCGGCUCCUCCCCGGCCACUGAAGGGCACCGGAAUCAGCUUCAGCACCGUGGUAGUUUUCGUGCUGCCCACCUUGGACUUUGAGGAGCUCGAGGCUUCGGAGCAGGAGAUCCUCUUGCUCCAGGAGGUGCGGGCUGCCAUGGCUCAGUUUGCCAGCCGUUCACUUCGCAUCGAGCUGGGCGAAGCGGAAGAGGGCGUGGAGGUGAUUAUGACCAUCAAGAAUGCAUCCUCCAGUGAAGCGAAGGCGCUCGAGUCCAAAAUUCUUCGAGCAGAGGAGAACUUCUUGGGCGAGGUGGAGCAGAGGCUGACGGCUGCGCAGAUUGGAGGUGGUGGCAGUGUGCCUCAGCGGGCGACCGACCUGCAGGUUAUGGUCAAGAAGACCAUCGACACCAAGAAAGACGGCGACAUUUCAGAGCAGGCCUACAACUCCUUCCGCGCAGCAGCCGCCGCCGCAGAGGAUGCGAAGGCCAGCGAGGCCGCAUCGGAGUACGAGGCUGUGGCUCAAAACCGGAGCUUGGAGGCGCAGAAGAUGCGGGACACGAUGAAUGUGCCAGGAGCCGUAGUCAACACCACGGAGACUGAGAUUUUGGACGGCGAGGCCAAAGCAGCCAUGGAUGCUGCAG